CUGGUGAAUUUAACCUUACCUAUGGAGCUACCUACAUAUACACUCGGUUUCCCUACCUUUGUUUAGCUCUUCAUAUAAUAUAGAAUCGACGCUGGUAUUGAAUUAAUAUGCUAUUUUUAAUUUCCCUCUCUUGCUUUUUGAGUCUUCACACCCUCCUCCGCUAAACUGCACGCUAAGCUACAUCCAGUUUGUAGUAGCAGAGGCUCUGUUCCUAUUUGUCUCGUUAGCCCCCAAAGGCAAUCUUCUGUUGGGGUCCUUCCAAUACAAUAUUCGCUUGCCCUUUCAGCCCAUCGCGGGUCGUCCAGCGCCACCGUGUGAACGAACGGCAGACGCCGCUAUUCUGACAGCGCAGACGAUAACAGGGCUAGUAGCGGAGUAAGAAAGGAUCUGGGUGACAGUGGCGCUGUGGUGGGCAGCUUUGCGCGAGUAACUUGCGUUCAGGGUGAGGACGACGCGAAAGAGUGGAGAGCGAGAGAAGAGCCGACCGAACGCGUUGAGCUAAAGCAGACAAGACUAUACCUAGAGAGAACAUGGCGAGCCGACUACUUAGUCGCUCUGCCGGACACUCACCACGCGUCGUUCACUUCUGCCGACGACGCGCGGCCAAAAACCGCUAGUGAAACAAGCAAUUCCAACCGCUGGAGGAAGCCAGUCUCGUUUCAGCACCAAGAAGCCACGAACGGCGACUGUCGCCAGCAGCGGAAACAACAGCCAUAGCAAGAAUAGGGUAGAACAGGCCACUGGUGGCUAGUGACCAGCCAACAACGGAUGCAUUGGUUUUUUGUCGGGUGCUUGUUUGCUAAUUUCCUGGAACAGUGCCUGUCGCCACCAGCGCGGCCCAGAGGCACCAGGAACGACGAAAAUAGAAGUCAUACGACAACAGCUGUGCCGGUUGAAUAACUGUGAAAAUGCGAUUCCCAUUGGAUACCGUCGCGGUGUUGCUGCUGCUUCUGUUAGCCUUGAGUUGUUUUGGCAGAAGUAUGUAGCUGUUGUUAGUUGGAUUGGUGCGUAACAACGCGACAAAACGUACCUUGCAUCGGCUCGUAUAUAUGUAUAUACAUACACAUUUAUAUAUAAAUAUUUAUCUAGAUAAAAAGAGGACUGGUGGCUAGAUUCGCUAACCGUCGUCGUCAUUGCUGUGGCAGUCAUCAUCUUUGAGCUCCGCUAUUAGCUAAAUAUCCGGGUGUUAAGUUCGUUGACGAAAUGAUUAGCAAAUGAUCCUUCCUGCUUCGGCCAGCAGACAAUCUUUGGCCUCUACGGAGCAGGCACUUUCAAAGACGAGAAGACUUUUGUGGACGGUAGUGAAUUGAACGACGAACGUGUGGCGGAGCUGAGGGCGUUCGUGGUUUUUAGGUGGUACAUAUUUAUCGAACGGUAAAUAUAACGGUGAAUUCAUUCGGUUUGUGCCGCGGAGGCCUUGAUGUGCUAUAGUAAGCCUCUGCCGUUAUCGGUUUGUUGUGUCACUGAAAAUUGGUAUAUAAGGACGCGUGUCCAUCCCAGUUAAAUAUAUUGUGCGAGUUUGUCUAAGAUGAGGACCAUCCUUAGCAGAGUGCUUGUUAUCAGUGAGUAAGCAAGUCCGAACGGGGACCGACAUCCUAGUGUUUAUUGCUGAGAGCAUUCACUACGUUCUCGUGUUCUAUUAAUAAUGUUGAUGACGACGUCUAUUAGCAACAAAUCGAUAUCGUUUGUCGGUUAGCAAAUCGUUUAGUCUGCAUCGUUGUUUUAUUUUUAUGACAUUCGUGACGAGUAUAGUGUGCCAAAGGGGACUCAAAGCCUUCCGACAUCGGCCUAGGGUUGGACACAGUCAAUUCAGGGUUCACGCCUACAGGGGUACCUAAAUCGACCCUCCGGCUGGCUGCUGAUUCGCCACCGAGAGCAGCCCCAGGUUUCCUGUGAUCUGUUCUAAAUACGUGCGAAAGAAGAGUGCAACGAGGAAUAAAGCACGCUCUCCAAGAGAGUUAUUUACCGAGGUUUGGAUUUACAGAAUCCCGGUCAAGCUGGACAAGUAAGUUCGGAUUGUGUUUCGAAAGCGACCUGGCCUGAUGGUCUCGCCGGCGGAGGUGAAGUGAAAAAAAAGCUAAAAGUGCUCUGAGAUGGCUGAGGGCGGUGGAACUUCACCAGCAUCUGGGCGGGGAGACCUCGACGCCGCGGAAAGCCGAAGUAAAUAUCCACUCCACUGGAUGGUCUGGUUCGAUGAGCACCGACAGCUAACCAGCAGACUCAAACGGGAUAGAAACGACCUCGAGGUGCGCGACCCCCGCGGCCGCACACCGCUCAUGUUGGCUGUGACGUUAGGAAACGUUCGAUGUGUCCGAAUACUCCUCGAGUUCGGGGCCUCGGCAAAUGUGGAGAAUCGCGAAGGUUUCACAACAACUCAUGAAGCCGUCUCGACGGGCGAUCCUGAGUUAUUGGCGCUCGUCCUCCAUGCUCGCGAUCUUCAAAAAUACCAAAGUUCAGUAGCGGCCAUCCCAGACCUGCUCAAAAAUAUCCGGGAUACGCCCGAUUUCUACGUUGAGAUGAAGUGGGAGUUCACCUCAUGGGUGCCGCUAUUAUCGAGGGUGUGUCCUAGUGAUACAUACCGCGUGUUCAAGAGUGGCUCCAACGUCCGAAUCGAUACUACGCUACUCGGGUUCGAGCAUUCGAGUUGGCAGCGAGGAAAGCGAAGCUAUAUCUUUAAAGGAGAAGCAACGCAAGCCACCCUUUAUGAAGUGAACCACGACUCCAGGCAAGUUCACGCCGAGAUAAUGCAUGUUUCAGCGCCCGGGGACCACGCUCAGAUUGUCAACUCGUUGCGACCUGAUCCCGAGAAUAUUGCGGCCCGUCUCUGCUCGCCUAUCGUGUGUACCUACGUGGAUACCGACAAGAUCCAUUUUGAACGAAUGCGAACUGGUAUGCUGGGCUGGAGAUCGGACCGAACCGAGAACGUGAAUGGUUUUGAUGCAAAAGUCUUUACAGCGAGCAAUGUCGAGUUCGUGACGAAGAGUCGCGUGGAGCACCUAAGUGAAGAAGACAAAAAGCGACAUAAGAGUAGUCAAUCACCGUUGCAAAGCCUCUUAGGUACUCUCAGUGAGGAGCGCAUAGUGGCACAAGCUAGCCAAGACGAGGACCUAGUCGAGGCACGAGGCAAUCCCUGUCACAUUAGGCCUGAAGAAUACUUCGACGAGACGGUCCCGCUUAUAAACCGGGACAUUGGCCGACCUCGCGAGAGCGCCAGCCGUGUGCAGCGUUUCAAGGCGACUCUUUGGUUAUGUGACACUUACCCAUUGUCGCUCGCUGAACAGGUGUUGCCCAUUGUUGAUUUAAUGUCAUUGAAUAGCUCACAUUUUGCCAAGCUUCGUAGCUUCAUCACGUUACAACUGCCGACCGGGUUUCCUGUCAAGAUUGAAAUUCCCCUAUUUCAUGUUCUCAAUGCAAGAGUGACUUUUGGUAACAUUAAUGGAAAUGACCAACGGGUCUAUGGGGUAGAACGCGACCGGGAGCAGGCCAAGUGUACGAUCGACCCUUCGAUUUUCGAAAUUCCUCGCGACUAUGUCCGAAUAGGGACGAGCCGUACAAAUGCAACAGGCAGCAGCGCCCGUGGAGGUCGAGCCUCGUUCUACGCCGAGGAAGAAGACGAGCUUCUCCAGUUCGCAAUUGAACAGUCAUUGGUGGACGCUGGAUCGCUGGAAGAUAAGGUCACUGUUUGGGAAGCACUGAACUCCGCAGCGCCCCGAUACGAAACUAACGGGAACCUUGCGCCAGCGAGCAAGGAUGGGUCAUCGCUAUUAUUGCUGCCCCCGUCCAAUGGAAACGGGCCGCCUGAGUCAGCUUUGGAGAACCCGAGUCAUCAGAACUCAACAAGCCCACUCAACGAGAAACAGUGUCCAACUCAUAUGGAACGACAGCAAAAUCAAAAGCAACAACAAGCCAAUGGUCGUCUUCCUCCGCAGCUAAGUAACAACGCCCGCGCCACCCACGCUAGCGAUGGCGACAUCAGGGCUCAUAAGCUACAGUACAAAAGCCACGACAAGCUGUUGUUUCGGGCUUUGCAAAAUGGCAUCGAGCCGUCGGCAGAGCGCGCGCCAGACGAAGACGAUAACGACGACGAGUUGAGCCUUGCUCUGAAACUUAGUAGAGAGCUACGUGAGGAAGAAGAACGAAAAAUAGCCGAAGAGGAAGAACUCAUGGCUCGAAUUCUACAACUGUCGCUCACUGAUCAAUGAACAACACAAUCAUUCCCCAAAGAAGCAGUAUUGUGUUUAGCUCACCUGUCGACAAAGGUCAGAAACAAAUGCGUGUUCGAAAGAAAUAUCUACUCAAAAAAAAACUUUUCUGAGCCCCUCACGCAAAAUGAACGUGGAGUUCAUAACGUCACAAUACCAAAACUGCCAACUCAUAAUUUCAGGCACGUAAGGGAAUGUCGUGUGCCCGUUUUGAGGGCCACGGGAAUGCAAUGAAACGGAAAGUAUUUAAGGUGUGCUUGGCUUACGGCAAAUGCUGAACAAAUGAAGUUAUCAAUUAGGGUGUUAGUCCUGUUCAUAGAACCAGUGCAGAGGUCGAUAUCUCGGAAAAUAGGCUAGAGAUAUAUAGAGAUGGGACAUUAGCUCAACGAUCAUGCAUAGUCUUAACAAAAAGGCCAAAAUAACGAGGUUUACUGAACGCUCAUUCAACAGUAGGCCACUUGAUAAGGUAACACUAGUAGCAACUGGCGGUGUCUAGACGAGUUCACAGUGGUAGCGACGUCUGAAUGAGCUACGUAACAACCGAUUCCCGAAACAAGCAUUGAAUUAUGACACCGUUAACGAACACUUGCAAUACUCUUCCAAAAGAAAAUUCGUGUUGGCUGUGUAAACUGCAUUUUUCCAUCAUGAAUGUCCAUGGCACAAUGGAGGGUUAUCGGUAAUACAUAUAACGAAAAAAAUUGCACGUCAAACCUAUAUUUGUAGGCUGCCGUUACGAGAAGGUGCCAUUGUGUGAACUAAAUUGGACAAAAGUACCGCAUGAAACUACGUCAGACAUUUCGCAAAAAAACCGACUAGGCACAAACUGCGAACGUGAAAACUUUCUCUUGAGCCCUACUAAACCAUAAUGAAGAUGAGCUUGCAUUUGCAUCUGUCGCUAAAACGCAUUCUCGCCCGUUCAAGAGUAGUUAUUUAUUAUAUCUAUAUACAAUACACAAUCAUAAUAAUGCAUGAAACACAGCAGAUAUGGAACUGUAUAAAGAGCCUGUAUCGAGUUAUUUGUAACGAAGUAUUUGCCUUGGCAGGAACUUCACCUAAUACGCGAAAAAAAAUUACUCCUUGUCAACAAACUAGCGUAUGUCUAUUGCAUUAAUCUAUUUGGCCUCUUGAACCUACGUACCGGUCUCAAUACCUUAAUGACAAAGCAAGAUAGCAUGUAAAAUCAUGUUUUCUUUCCGUAACGACUCCAAGAAAGAGAACUUCGCAAGCGGCGUUUACUAGCUUACAUUUGUUACGCACGAUACGUGACUACGAGACAGCAAAGCCCAUUCAUUGCCUUCGAACGACUUCAAGGUGAGGGUGAUGCCGAACCAGUGAGAAUGUUAGACCACCAUAUCUUUAUUUGCGGGCGUAAUUUCCAACAGUGGUUUUCGCGUACGUAUUACGUAACAUUUAUCUCUCUCGACCAGCAUAUAUAUUCUGCACACAUAGACACGCUUAUGGCUCUGGAUCAUUACUACUAGUGUUAUUGUUAUUAUUAGAAGAUCAUAUGGAAGUGGAGGAAAUGAGUAAUAGUUGAUUACGUUUUCCUAUUACACCGGAAAGCCUUGCUUUAAACGGCUAGCCCUUUCCAGCGUGACACCCAGUUUCAAGCCUACAUCAUUUACAGGCCUCUGAGUUUAGCAGGCAAACGGCUUACCGUUGGGCCAUCAUGGGGACUCACCGUUAGUGUUAUUGAUUGCUCCUUAGACCCCUCCUACAGGGAAACGAGCUCAAUUUAUAAGAAGGGUAAGACUGUCAUCCGUAGUGACAUUAACGAAUCAUUUUUUUCGAGAUUUUAUCAGUAUUGGAUUAUGCGUAUUGUCAGUAUGCAUGUAGAUUGUGAUUGUACUUCAGUAGAGAACUUGCGCUGCUCGUCAGAAGCGCUUUGCACAGUGUAAACUUAACUAUUAUCUAGUCACUUCCCUGAGCAAAUGUGCUUGUACACGCUAUAGCUGAUCACAAUAAACACAUACCGUAUUACCAUCGUAUUAUUAAACUUUUCGGUAAACGAUGACCGGACGUACUUUUAGCGUCGCUACGUUCGAAUAUGGAUGUCCUAUACUAAAUUAUGAGUUAGAGAUAAUGAUUCUCAUUAUCGUUCGUGUCCAAUUUGUCCAAACCCGAUCGAUACCGACGGUUUUGGCGUUGCAGAUAAACUCUUAGAAUCUCAGACUGACUAGUAAAUGUUUAAUUUACUAUAAAGCCGCUGCGGGUAAACACUUCACUGGACAUACCGUAACCGUUAAAGGCCAAAUUUAUUCUAUACUAUUGCUAAACGCGACUCCGUUUUUGAAACCCAGUCACGGCCCAUUUUAUUACGUACGUAUCUUGUGCUUUAAGUAUAUUGUAUCCUUUUUUUAACCCUACUAGAAGGGACACAUAGUAGGCGUGCAUCAUAUUUUCAAAUGAAAAAAGUGCUGUCUUGUCGUUUAGUGUGUCUCUACAUUUUUGUUGAAGUAUUUUCGUGUGAAUAGUAUACAAUUGUGUUUCCCCACUCCGUUUACACCAGUCGUGGAUUGUUGCUUUCUGUUGUUCAAGGAAGAACCGCGUUGUUAAUAAACGCUCUGGCGAGCCUGAAUAAAGUUAAAUGCAAUUGUGCUACUUUGACCGUCGUUUGUUAAGUUCCAUUUGCCCUAAUAAGCAUUUCCUGCAAAUGGCGCCCUCACGCAAAAAUGGCGAUUUAUUUCUCCCAAAAAAGAAUCCAUUGAAUGAGAGGCUCGACGAGAACGACCGUCUUGAGUAAAACAAUUGAUAUGACCCAUUCUAUAUAUUCAUUAUGUAUAUAGAUGUAUAUAUGUAUAUGAAUAAUAUAUCCAAUAUGAUACUUAUGGUCCAUACGAUUAUUUAAUGCAUAUAUAUAUUUUUCCAUAUUUGUUUGUGUAAAUGUUAGUCGACCGGUGUGCGAAUAACGGCGGACUGGCUGGUGGUUUCAUUAGCUGAACGUCCCAAAAAUGAUCACCAUCCCCUAGACACGUAGAGAUUCGUCGGUAAUAGCCAGGGACAAUAUUAGUACUGAUAUGGCAAAAGUGCAGGGCGGUCCUAGCUUGUUGCACUGAAUAGACGUCACUAAGCACAGGGUUUAUAAUAUAGAUACUUAGCAAUAUGCUAUAAUUGUAAUGAUAGUGAAGCAAUAAUGAGAACAAUAUAUAAAAAAGUACCUAGAUAUGAUAAGAGUAUGCGAGAAUUAGGGUGUGGGCAAUAUCGGCGGUAGAUUGGGUGGCUAAUGGAUUGACGGUGGCAAUAAUAAUAAUAAUGGAGAUUUCAACCGGCGAAAAAAAGUUCAUUUAGCCAAUCAAUAUAUAAUUCUAUGCUAAUUCAGAUCACUGUAAUUUGUUCCGUUAUCAGCCAGCCAAAUACGACUAGCAUGAGGAUAAAACGUCCCGUAUUUAUAUAUAUAUAUAUAUAUAUAUAUAUAUACAUUGGUGGCAAAUACCCGCUAAUAUAAUAAAUCGUAGGUCGGUGACGAAGAAGUACUUCCCGGUGCGUAUUCGCGUGGUACCAAUAAGCUGACCGACUUAUGAACACGAAACGAAAUGAACGUACGUACGUGUUCAGAAGCGCGCGCAUAUUCAAAUCUACAUAUACAACCCAUUGCAUCUAUUUAUAUACAUAUAAUAUCUAUACGAGAAUCUAUGUAUUAGUUGAAAUUGAAUAGGAACUGCGAUAAGUUCGUUUAGCAUGUCACACUAACCGAUCACGAUAUCAGCUUACCGAGGUCGGACAGCGCGAAAGGUUAAGGAAACCCUUUGGCGCCGUAGUACUUACGGAGUAG